AUGGAGAGGUUGCAGGGUGACAUUGCAAGCCCGCGGGCAGCUGGAGUUUCAAGCAAGAAGUCCAGCAUGACCAAAGGGCCGCUACUUGGAACCACCAUCAAGUACAAGAAGUACGAUGAGCAUGGCGCGUCGGACAUCGGGGUCCAGAGAGCACCCAGUGAGCUCCUCCUGGACCUCGCUCGGCCCCCGAACUCGGUGGCGGACGGAAAGUCGCGGGCACGGCCGCUUAUUGUGGAGCGGCUCGACAUGCGGGAAAAUACCACUCAGGUCGAGAGCGCCGUGCCCGAAGACGAGCCUCUCUUCCAGCCCUUCCCGCCUGAGAUCCGCUUCCAUAACUACAAGGCCUUUGAGCGGUACGAGGCGCUGGUGUAUCUGCGGAACAAUGACAAGGUUGUCCGCCGGGUUCGCGCCCUGCCCAUCGAGUCCAAUCACUUUUCCGUCGAGCUGGGCAUCCCCAAGCCAAUCAGCAAGCGCCAGGUGGCGCCGCAGCACGCCGAGGACGGGAGCAGCAAGGUUGCCUGCGGAAUGGAGGUCUGCUACAAGGUGGUUUUUCAGCCGGACUCGACUGCGGACUUUCAGGGGGAAUUGCACUUUGUGACGGAGAGGGAGCGCUUUAUGCUGCCAAUCAAGGCGACCGGUGCACGAGGUGCACUCGACAUCGCUGAUUCAAUGAGCUUUGCCGACUGCCCCGCAAAGAGUGUCGCAACCAAGACUUUCACGGUUCAGAACGUGGGCCAGCGCACCGCUGUGUUCCAACUGCACGCACCCCCCCAUUUCGGGAUCACCCCCUCCCAGGGCACGCUCGUCGUGGGCGGCAGCAUGCAGAUGGCGCUCAGUUUCCACCCCCCCGGAGCGGAACUGUACCAGGGGCUGCUGGAAGUGGCCUACGAUACCGGGGAAUGCACCGUCACCAGGCUGUCUGGUCGGGGCCAUGAGGUGGACAUCGGUCUCUCGACGCGCGCGCUCGACUUCGCGCCGACGUUCCUGCACAAGACCUCCACCAAAACCUUCCGCCUCCAAAACCGGAGCGCCAUAAAAGCGCCCUUCUCCUUCAAGGCCCUCCCUUCCGCCGAGGCCGAGGCCGUCGCGCGAGCGCGCGCGCUCGCGGACCUCGCAGCUCAGGAGGCGCGCGAGCGCGAGCUGCUGAUCCGCGAUGACGUCAGCGACGGCGCGGAUUCCGCCGGAAGCGACUCGGAGGACGAGGAUCGCGUCUUGGGCAGCGCCCAUCUGGCGCUGGCGAAGAAGUUCAGGGCGCUCCGCGCGGCUGCGGCUGCGGAUUCCGGCGGAUUUCGCUCGGACAUCUUCGCCGUGUCCCCGGCGGAAGGGGAGAUCUGGCCGCACGGGGAGGUCGAGGUUUCCGUCACCUUCUUUCCGGCGGAUCCACUGCAGUAUCAAGCGACGGUGUACUGCGACGUUGCGGGCAGAGCGGAACGGAUUCCGGUGGACUUCCGGGGGCUCGGGAAGGGGCCACGGGUGCUUUUUACGUACGAGAGUCUGGACGUCGGGGAUGUCUUUGUUAACUCGGUCCGGAUGUACGAGGUGGCCCUGUGCAACAAGGGCGACAUCGACGCAACUUUUCACCUAGUGCCCCCGACUUCCGCGGUCGCCCAACGCUUCGCCUUCCAGCCCCAGUCGGGGACUCUGCGAGUGGGCGAGUCUCGCAACGUGCAAGUCCGCUUCUGCUGCGAAGUGAUGGGCGCGUUUUCGGAGCGCUUCGCGUGGCGGAUCGACGGCUGCCUGCAGGACCUGACGCUCGAGAUCAAGGGCAGCGUGGUCGGCCCUACGUUCGAACUGGACGUCCGCGACCUCGAUUUCGGACACGUGUCCUUCGGCUUUCCGUACACUAAGUCCGUCCUCUUCCACAACACGAGCGACAUUCCGAUCAACUUUCGCCUGCGGAUUCCGCAGGCGGACCCCAGCGGAGCGGCCUUCGAGAUUGAGCCAGAAGCGGGAUCCAUCCCGUCCCGUCAAAAGCAGAGCUUCCUAGUGAAGAUCACCCCGCAAGCGGCCAGAGCUUUCAAGGAGAAGCUGGUGGUAGACCUGGUGGGGGUCAGAGAUGGCGCGCUGGAAGUGCCUAUCAGCGCAGCGUGCUCCGUGCCGCAGGUCUCUCUCGCAUCGCAUCAGCUCGACUUUGGCACGUGCUUCCUCCGCUUUCCCUACGAGAAGACGCUCGAAAUUUUCAACGAGUCGCCCCUUCCCGCCCGCUUCUCAGCCCUGCCGCAGCCCGAGCAGAGCCAGACUUUGGCGACCUACUCACUGGAUCCCCCCUCUGGAGUGGUCGCCCCCAUGUCCGCCCAGACCGUAACGCUCACCCUCUCCACCGAACGGCUGGGAGUGUGCCACGUGCCCGCGGCGCUCAAGAUCGACGGCCGGGAGCAGCCGUUCACGGUAACGGUCGCCGCGAACGGCAUCGGCCCGAAGCUGAAGUUCGAGAAACCGGCUGUGAUCGGGCGGCGCGCGAGCGCGAUGCACCCGGGGAGAAAGUCCGCGCGCAAGAGCCUGGCCGAGGUCGCAAAACUAAUCCGCUCGAAAGAGGGCCCGUUGAUCGAGAAGCCGACUGCUUUGGAGAAAUCGCAGAGCCGGCGCUCGAGUGCGGCGACCAGAAAAAGCGCCGAGUCGCUCAACGACUCUGCGCGCACUAGUGAGAUCUACCCGGUUGAGAAGGUCUGGUCGCCCUGCAUCGACUUCGGCAAAGUGGAGGUGCUGAAGGAGGUGCGGAAGGCGAUCCUGGUGGUGAACGAGUCGCUGAUUCCGGCGAACUUCAAGGCGUUCGUUGGGGCCAAAGAGUCGCCGUUCGCGGUCGACCGGAGGGAGGGGGUCAUCGAGGCGGGGGCCACGCUGGAGCUACAUGUGACCGCUCUCCUGGAAGACAGUCUCAGAUUCAAGGACACGCUCAACGUCAUGGUGUCCGACGGGGGCGACUACACCAUUCCGCUGACUGCCACCGGAACCGGAUCCCUCAUCUUGUGUGAAGAACUAGAUGGCGGGCUCUUGCACUUCGGGCCCCAGUUUACGGCUCGAUCCUUCUCGCGGGAGAUCAUUCUGUUCAACGCGGGGAAGCGCCCACAGACCGUAAACUGGUCGGCCGAGAACCGGGGAGAGAAGGAAGAAGAGGGCGACCAGAAGGGGCAAAAACGCCUGAGUCGGGUCGCCGCUUCGCCCCUCGGCGAAAGCAGCCGGGCCAACACUCUGAGUCUGGGGUCGAUUGAUGAGAGCGCGGAGAAAGGCAAAGAGUCCGGGGGAUCCCCUAAGCCCUCUUCCCCGGUUCUGAAGCGCACCCUGAGUGGGAGAUCGGGGGCUGAGAAUGUCGCCCAGAAGGAGCCUGCGAGCGUGUUCAAGAUUAGCCCGGAGCAGGCGACCAUCGUGCCGGGGGGGUCGUGCACCUUUACUCUAACCGGUCUGGCCACCACCCCCAGCGCGGUGAAAGAAAUGGUGGUCUGCAAAGCAACGCUCGGCAAGAUCUCCGCCCAGCUGUAUAGCAUAUCCCUCGAGGCUGACGUCACUGUGCCGCUCCUCCAGUUCUCGAGCGAGAAGAUGACGUGGGCUCAGUCCUGGGACCCCGCCCACGAGAAUCUCACGGAGGAAACCCAGCCGUUAACGGUUAAGAAUGUGUCGAAGCUACCGUUGUCGUUUACGUUGCGGUGCCAGCAGCCGUUCUCCCUCGACCGGUUAUUCCUUAGCCUGGAACCUGACGAAGAAUCGACGGUUUACGUUUCGUUCGACCCGGGGUUUGCGACCGGACGCUUAACCUCGACCGCAAAGGGGCGCUUAACGAUUCUGUACUCUGAUAACCCACAGAGAGACAGUAUCGAGUUAGUGGGCGAGGUUAACUUCCCUAACCUGAAAAUGGAGCCCGCACGGAUCGACUUUGGCAGCGUUUUAAACGACACCAGUCGGCGCACCCAGGUGACGUUGGCAAACGUCAGCGCGCUCCCUGUGCGCUACAGCUGGGCGUUCCUCGAGGGCGACGCUGACGACAUCCACGUCAGUUCCGGUUCCGGUUCCGUCGCGCAGCGGAGCCUCGGGGGCGGAACCGGAACGCCGAAGCGGGGGGCCAAGCUACCGGCGAACCGCAUCUUUGACAUUCUGCCGAUCAAGGGGUGUCUCAUGCCCGGGGAAACGGAAACCGUUGAAGUUAGUUACUACGCGCAUCCGAACUACCGGUGUAAAUGCGUGGCAGUGUGCGAAGUGGAGGGGGGGCCGGAUUACGAGCUCGUAUUAGAAGCCGAGUCUAGUUUGAUCAAGUACACGCUUGAUCGGACGUCGAUCGACUUCGGCGCUCAGCCGUUCGGCCGCGCAAUCGACCGGGAAUUCACACUGCACAACUCGGGGCGGGUGCCCGUGGACUUCAAGCUCGACCUGAGCGGUGUGAAUAAGGGCUCACACCUGCACGUCGGCCCCGUCAAGGGCCACGUGGCGGCCGGGGAGCGCCAGCGCUUCCUGGUGCGGUUCGUACCGCCGGUCCCCGACAAGUUCGUCGAGCGGUUCACCGUCGAAGUCGCGCACUUCGAGCCGCACGAGUUUGUUAUUUAUGGGGAGGGGAUUUAUCCCAGCGUGUAUCUGAGCCUGCCACGUGUCAGAAGCGAGCGGUACGAGACUUUGAAGGAAGAAGCCCGGCGGAAACUAGAGCGGGCGGGGCCGCCGCGGUCGAUCAUGCCCUCCCCCGCCGGGUCGCACGGCGCCGCAGGGUUUGGGAGCUUCCCGCGCGAGUCGCACGCGAGUCGCAUGCGCCCUGACAGCCUCGCGUCGCGCUCGAAGCGCUCGAGCGCCACGUCAGCGCGGACCGGAAGCGGAAGCAAGCGGAAUGCGGCGGAAAAGUCGGUCCUGUCCGACGCGGACGGCGCCGCUCUCGCAGCAGAGGCGCUGCUUCUGGACCCGACUCCAGUGGAAGCGCGUCCGAGGGUCAGUUCCGGGCCGGAAAGCAUGGAUUCCGUUGAGCGGCCGGCGGAAGGGACGCCUCGGGGGACGAGCCCUGGGCACAUCAUUGGCAUUCCGACGUCGAUCCGUCCGAAACUGAACGGAACGUCGGAAUACGACGGAGGGAAGACACGCCGGAGUGGGCCAAGGUCUGAGAAGAGCUUUACGACCCGGUUGAAGAACGGGCCUGGUUCCGUUUUUGGGGGCCGGCACAUGCUGCAUGAGGUGUAUGUUCCGCCGGAAGAGGAGGUGGAAGCGGAAGCGGACCGGCUGGCGCUGGUGGAGUUCUUGCGAGCGGAACAGGCGAGAGCGGAAGGGACGAAGCUGGGGGGCAAGCAGUUCGCUUUCAACCUUCAGAUGACGAAAGAUCCUCUGGACGGGCCCUUAUCGAGCAACGAAGCCGCCGCUAACGGCGUUACCCGACCACUCUCCACCAACGGAGGGGGGCUGAGGACUCCAGACGCUUCCACCCCCGGGGGAGAGAACCGGGUGCGAGCUGCGCUGUCCAAAACACCCUCCAGAAGGGUUCCGCCGGACGCCCAACCGGAAGGGGACCCCACCGGGGCACGUGCCGUCGUCUCGACGUACGUGUGCGACUUCGGGAACGUGGUUAAGGGCGCGGUCAGGAAGAAAACCAUUCGGGUGCACAACCCUAACCCGACGCUGGCGUCCUUCGCGCUGCUGAACAAGUCCGCGCUCCUGGCGCUCGGGUUCGUCGUGGAGCCGGAAUCCGUUCCGAAGCUGGCGGAAGGGGAGGGCGCUGACGUCACGCUGACGUUGCAGACGGCGAGAUCGCCCGUGGGGCCGAUCGAGGUGCGGGCGGUGAUCGAGAUCAAGGGCGGCCCCCAGGUGGCGGUUCUUCUGCGGGCUGACGUCAUGGUGCCGGAAGUACAGCUGUCGGCUGACGUCGUCGAUUUCGGGGCGGUCCAGACCGGGCGGUGCCGAGUCAUGUCCGUGCAGCUGUGGAACCCGAACGGAGUUCCGGCGGAAUGGGCCGUGAAGCGGCACCCCGACGCGGCGCAUAGUAAGGACUGGGGGUAUUUUGCCUGUGAGCCAGCGACCGGGACUCUUCAACCGGGUGAGCGAAUUAACAUGGAGGUGAAAUUCACACCGGGGCCUGACCAAGAAAAGUACGGGAUCAAGUUCCCAAUCAAGGUUAACGCUAACCCGCGCCAGCCGAUGGUCACGUGCCGUGCAAUAGGGUUUGAUUUACGAGUAGUCGCUAACCCCGGGUUCCUAGAUCUGGGCGCCAUUCUGCCAGGGGCGCCUCAAGCGGGGGAGAGACGAUUUACACUGCAAAACCCCUCGGCGGUGCCUAUCGAAGUCUUCUCGCUCGACCUGGAUCGGCAGUACUUGGAAGAGGAAGAAGCGCUCAAAGCCGCGGCCGGCUUUGAGGGUUUGGAGGUUUUGACGCUGCCACCGAGGGAGCCCGGGGCGCCGUUCUGGUCGCCGGAACUGCUGGCGGCCGGAAGCAAGGUAGCUGAGGAGAAGGGCGACCAGAUUGGAGACGGGAACUUGUGGGCGGUUCUGAGCGGGCCGGCCGUGAGUUGCGCGGCGCAAACCGAAUUGCUUGCUGGCAAGUACGGGGUUCCGGUUAUCAACGUCGACACAACAAUUUUGGAGUGGCAAGUAAGGAGGCGGGAACGGAACGAGGACGGAAUCAAGGCGGAAGUAGAAGCGGAGGGGGUCGUAAUGGAAGCAGUGGAGCCUUUGACAGAGGAUCAAAUGGGCGAGGCACUGGUGGAACGGCUUUCCAACGAGGACUGCGCAAAGGGGCUGAUCAUUGACGGCCUUUCCUCUCAGUUUGUAUCGUCGUCGAAAGUUGCGAAGCUGGUGCUACAGAGCUUGGGUCUUCGACAGGAGGCCACGUCGGCGGCCCCAGUUGACACCGAAACCGGUGCACCGGGGGAGAGUGAUGCUGGAACAGAAGCUGGUGUCAAGUGGGUCGGCGAGAAACUGGUGACGGUGCUCCUGCUGAGGGACUCGGUCGAGGAAGCCGCGGCCGCGGCCGCGGCCGCGCAGGCGGCGGAUCUAGAGGUGGCAGAGGCGAUGAAACGGGCGGAAGAAGCGGCCAGUCCAAAGGGAGGGAAAGCCCGUCCCCCCUCGUCGCAAGGAAAGAAAGGAAAAGCGGCAAAGUCCGAAACGAAGAGCGCUUCGCGGCGGACGUCCGCGGUGCAGCCGCCGCCCGAAGCCGCGGCGCCCAAACCCAAAACCCCCCGGGAGGAGCUACUGGAGGCGCUGGGCGGCGCCACGUCAGAGAACCACGUGGCGGUCUGCGAGGUGGACGUGGCGGGGCGCGGCGAGGAGGAGCUUUGCGGCGACCUGUGCGCGCUGUUGCCCGAUGUGAGGUCGCCGGAAGAGCGGGCGAAAGAGGUCCCGCCGCCGAAGGAGUUUCAGCUGGUUAGGCAGCCACCGGCGCGGGUUUACCGAACCAUGGUUCCGCAAUUCGCGCUGCUAACCGUGGAACAGAGCGCCGCCAGAACCGCCAGUCCAGAACCGCCUGAAAGCGAGAGCAGCAGAACUGGAGAGGAGGAAUUGGCACGGAGUCUCUCGGAGGGCGCGGUACCAAGCCGGGGCCCCAGCCCCUCUUCCGGGGGGGAGAAUUACGUGGAAAGAACGCGGUGGGUCAUCCCCCCGAACGGGAGCGUCGAGCUGUUGGUCCGGUUCCAGUCGGACGAAGUCGGCCGAUUCGACGCGGUGCUAGGGUUUGAGGUUUUGGGCGCGGGCGCGGGCUCGGCCGCGAGCGUCGCCUGUCGCGCGGUGUGCGCACGGCCGCAGAUCAGUUCCGACCCGCGGAACGUGUUCUACCGGAAGGCCAAAACCCGCCCGUUAACCGCACAGUUAAGGAAGCAGUUUGUGAUCACCGCCGGGCGGUUUGAGUUCGGGCCGUUGUUAGCGGGGAAGAACCGGGAGGGUUACCAGUUGGGAAAGCACCCCGAGAACCGGGAACGGUUUAGAAUCAGUAACAACGGGCUUUUUGACUGCCGGGUUACGUUUGCGUUCAAGAACAGCGGGGCGGUUAGUGGGCGGUCAACGCCGGAAACCAGCGGGUUUACGCCGGAUGAAUCGGGUUUCGUCGGUCGGGGCGCUUCGAAAAGCGUGGACCCGUCUUCGAAGGACCUGAAGAGGAUUGCCAGUGCGAAGACGGCGGUCAAGGGGAAGAAAGAGGUGACUCCUCUGAAGGAAGUGAAGGAGAACGCCCCGGUUGAGUUUACCGAGGAGGUUUUCGUGGUGGAGCCGAGCGUGCUGCAGCUGAAGGUGGAUGAGACGCAGGAAAUCGUGGUGUACGCGUUCCCGAAGGAGGUCGGCGUGGUGGAGACCACGCUUGUGUGCACCGUGGAAGACAACCCCGAACCCGUCGAGUUCAAACUGGCCUGCAACGGCGAAAAGCCCAACGUCGAAAUCGACGGCUCCAAGCCCGAGUUCCAGCGCCUUCUCGUCGGAUCGGACGACACGCGUCAGCUGACGGUGAAGAACACGUGUCUGCUCCCAGUAAAGUGGCGGCUGGUGGGCACCGAGCAGCUGCCGGAGGAGUUCACCGUCGAACCCAGGGAAGGGCUGCUGGAGCCUACGGCGGUUUCGACGACGAUAGCGGUCCGCUUCCGGGCCGCUAAGAGCGCGGCGUUCCAGCACGACAUCAAGCUGCAGGUCUUCGACGCCCAGGAGCUUCUCGGCGUGGUCCAGGAGUUCCCCGUCAGCAUCACCGCAGAGGCGUACUCCAUCGAAGCUGACGUCAGGUUCCCGUCAGGCCCCGACGUCUUCCCGCCCAACGGCGGCCUCGAUUUCGGCGUGGUCAAAGUUGCGGACGACGGACUGCGGACCAUGACCGUCCGAAACCUGGGCAAGUACCCCAUCGGCUUCUGCUUCAACAUCCGUAACGCCGUCCUCAAGGAGCUGCUGAGCGUUACGCCCCUCGAGGGGACGAUUCCGCCGGCGGGGGCCGGUGCCCCCGCUUUGGGGGGGAGAAGCAGGGGAAGAACAAGGGGGGGGGGACGCCGGAACCCGACGGGCAGUAAAGAUAUCGAGCUGGCGAUUGUGGAGCCGUUGAAUGGGAAGCGGCAGCAGACGAUUCCGGUGCGCGUAAAUGUGCGCGCCGUGUACUCGAAGUACACAUUGGUACCGGGACACGGACUCAACUUUGGGCCGACAGUGUACAAAACGGUCGCCAAGCCGCGGACGUUCGAGAUUGCGAAUGACGGCGAGUUCCCGUUCUCUUUCAAGCUGAGUCCGUUCUCCAAGCGGGCCGGAACGCCCCCGACCGGGACGGAAGCGGAAGCAACGCAGCCAGCCGCGGCCCCGGCCAAGGGUGACGGCAAGAAGGGCGCAGGCAAAAGCGCGCCGUCGCCGGUUCCUGCCGCGGCACCCGCGGGCGCGCUCGAUGUGGGCUGCUUCAGUCUGACCCCGGCCGCGGCAACGGUCGCCCCGGGUACUUCGCAAACCGUUACCGUUGUCUUUAAGGCGGGGCAAGUGGCCGGUACGUUCCGGGAGACCGUUUCCGUGGAGGUGAGCGAUCGGGACGGAGCGGAUUACCCGGCGGGGGGAGUGCCGUACGAGCUGGGCGGGGAGGCCUGCGUUCCGGGAAUUGCGGCCGAGGACUUCGAGGGUAUCUUCGAGGAACAUCUGGUGGUUCCCGCUCUCGAGCCGCUUCUGAGCACCGGAAAGCCCAUUCCGGGGGGCGUUUUUGCCGUUCGGGAGCGCGUGUACUCCUUCGGGGCGGUUAUUGCGAGCGUCGGCGAGGCGGCGGAACCCGGGGUUACUAGCGAGGUUAAGCCUAACCCGGCGGGUGCGAGGCCUGCCAGCCGAGAGAAGACGAAAGGCGCGCCGGCGUCGUCAGUGUCCGCACCAUCGCCCGUGCCCGCAACCCCGGCGCCAAAUGCUGACGGCGGUCAGAAAGGGGUCAAGGCAAACCUACGCCUAACCAACGCAAACAAGGUGCCCUGCACAAUCCUUCUGUCGGUCAAACCAAAGGGCGCCGGCGAUUCCGGUGUUCCGUUUCCAAUGGACGUGCAACCGCAGAGGCUCGAGAUUCCGCCCCACGAGAGCCGCUACGUGACCGCUUCGUUCUGUCCGUCCGCCAUUCAAAGCUUCAGCGGAAUCUUGGAAGCGGUUGUCGAGAACGGAAGCGACGCAAAAACGCGCGCCUUCACCUGCGAGCUGCGCGGCGAGGGCGCGCUGCCGCACAUCCGGGCCGAGCUCGGCGUUCCGGCGGACUCCGCCAGCGGAAACCAUGCCGGCGGAACCGGCACCCCCGCCCUCCGGUUUUCAAAGCUCCUGUUGGGCCGGUCGCUAACCCUCCCGCUAACCCUGCGCAACGACGGCGUACUUCCCGCAUCGGCACGGCUCGAAGCCCCGGUUCCAGAAAGUGGGUUUGCCGUAACCGAUGCGGAUGGGGUUCCUUUCCGGAGCGGGUCGAGCGUGACCCUCGAGCCGGGCCAGCGGGCCGACUUGCGGGUUACAUUUAACCCGCUCGAGAUCAAGGACUAUGCCCAGGAGGUAACCAUGGUGGUUAGGCAUAACCACUUCGACGACCAGAGGAUACAGUUACUGGGGCAGGGUUACAUGGAGGACGUAACCCUGGAAGGGUUACCCGACGGUGACCCGUCCAAGAUCCGGUUCGAGGACGGGCCCAUAGGCGCUCCGCGGACGCUUGCGUUCGUGAUGAAGAACCGGGUCGACAAGCACUGGCGGUUUGCGUGGCCGGCGGUACCGUUUCUCAAGUUUUCCCCGGCGGUCGGGCACCUGCAUGCGGGCGCGGAGAAGGACGUCGUCGUGACGUUUGCACCCACGGAGACGGUCAGCUAUACCGACAAAGACCUUCUGCUCCAACUGAGCGCCAUCAAGUACCAAGACGAGAGCGGUCCCCCUCCGGAUUGGGACGACCGAAUGGCCGUUGUGAGAAUGGUUCCGGAGGAUCAGGUGCCGUCGCCGGCGGAAGCGGCGGACCGGCCGGAAUCCGGCGGAAAGAGCAAGAAGGCAGCAGCUGGGAAGGAAAAGGCCGCAGGAGGAAAAGCUGCGGACGCCAAAAAGCGUCCGGGCUCAGGCAAGGGGCCGUCCGCAGAGGCCACCUUGGAACCGGGCCCUGUUUUGGCUCCAGCCGCGCAAAAACCAGAGGGCGACGGUGAAAAUUCCGCCGCAACAGGGCCUCGCCUGGUUCAGGUUAUCGAAGUGGACCCGGAGCCGGGACACACCCUGGUAGCGGGCGGUGUGAAAACCCUCCCGGUGAAGCUGACGGCGGUGGCUGACGGCGCGCGCUACGCGUGUGACGUCAGCGCGGUCCAGUUCAAGGGCACGGUCAUGUUCCAGUCGCGGAGCUUCGGGUUUGACGUCAGAAACACGUCAGCGGUGCGGAUGGAGUACUCGUGGGCGGUGCUCAAAAGCGACGGAAGCGCAGACUCGAGCCAGCUCUUUGCGAUAAACCCGGAAGAGGGGACUGUUCCAGCGGGUGAGACGGCGCACUUUGCGGUGCGCUUUAGCCCGGUCGAAGUGGUCGAUUGUAAUCGCAUGCUGGUUUGCAACGUGGUUAACCUUGACCCGGGUUCCGCUCCGCUGAGCAUUCCGGUGGACGGAAAGGUUAUCCGGCCGUGGUGCCACUUCGAGUUCCCCGAAGGAACGGGGACGGUCGCCGAGAGGAGGGCAGUCACACCGCAGGACGGAGAGGCGAAAGCAGAGGUGGGAAUAGGCUCGGAAACAAUCCGGGUGCUCGAGUUCCUCUCCCUGGGGACACGUGUCAAGAACACGAAGCGGUUCCACGUGCUGAACCCCACGAGCAUAGCGUAUGAGUUUGUGUGGGAGCAGCAGGCGGUGGGGCGGGGUUUCAGGGUUUCGGAGGAGGGCGACGAGCUGCCGCGGAGCGCAUUCGCAUGCGCGACGCGCAAGGGCGUCAUAGCCGGCGGGAAGCGGUUUGAAAUGGCGUUCGAGUACACGCCGGAGACGCAGGAGCCGCAGGAGAGCGCCUGGGUGUUCCGUAUUCCGGAGCGGAACAUCUCCGUUCCGUUCGAGCUUGUGGGCAAGGUGGUGGAGCCACGUGUCAGCCUGGACAGGGCCUCCGUAAAUUUCGGAAAGGUUUUGGUCGGCGGCCGCGGCCGCGAGAUGGUGACGCUGGUCAACGAGGAGCACCUUCCGUUUCCGUUCUCGUUUGAGCAGCUCGCGCCGGACGGAACCGGACACCCGGACCGGCAAGCCCACCCGUUGGUCCAGUUCGAGCCGUCCGCAGGAACGCUCGCGCCAGACUCGCGGCUUCCGGUCAAGGUGACGUACGCUCCGGCGGAAGAAAAGGCGCUGAACAUGAACGUGGUGUGCGUCGUCAAGCGGAAGGCGGUUAAGCUAACCCUGAACGUCAAGGGCGAAGGUUACGCGGUGCACGACCAGUUGCUGAUGGCGGGGCCGGAAGGGUCGGGCCCGAUUGAGAUGGUUCCGGUUGGGUCUGGGGGACCGAACUUCAUCGACUAUGGGCAGGUCCUCAUGAACGAGCGCAGUGUGCGCGAGCUGACUCUCGUCAACUCUGGCUCCCUCGACUACACCUUCCUCUGGCGCGCCGGUGACUGUCCGAGCGUCCAAAUUACGCCCCCAUCCGGCACCGUCCGACGGGGGGAUCGCGUAUCCUGCGAGGUCGCCUUCCAGCCGACCGCGUCUGAUAGCACUCUUGCCUCGUAUGAGGUCACCUGCGCGGUAACGAACGGGCACCGUUACCGCCUGCUGCUGUCGGGAUCCGGACAUAACCCCAAGGUCCGAUUUGGGUUUCGGACGUACGACUUUGGACCAUGCUUUCUGGCGGGCCCGGGUAUUGCGCCGCGGUUAACGGUGCUGACGAUCACGAACGGGGACGUGCAAGAUAUCAGUCUGGACCUGCUGUUUGAGAACACGCCGGAUCUGGAGGUUUUCGCCAAUCCCGCGGUGCUCUGUCCAGGCGACUCCCAAGACGUGCGCAUUCUAUUCCACCCGACCGCCGCCGUCGUCUACCGGGAGGUCCUCCGCUUCCAGAUCAACGGCCUCUCCGUGAUCCCCGUCGUCAUCAACGGCGAGGGAACGCCGCUCAAGAUCGAGCUGGCCGACCCGAAGCAAAGCAACAUCAGCUUCGGUUCCAUCCGGUUGGGUCAGCAGGCGACCCGCAUGGUCAAGCUCCUUAACCGCAGCAAACUGCCGCUAACCCUCUCCUUCGAGCCGUCCGCGGCCGCGCUCGCGGGUCUGGGGGUUUCGUGCGCGCCGCCGAAGGGGGUUUACCUGCGGCCGCGUGACGCGGCUGCGUUCGAGCUGCAGUACAAGCCGGGCGCGCGGCACCAGCUGUUCACGGAAAACCUCUCGGUAGAAGUUGCCGGGGUUAACAAAACCCUGCUCACGAUGACCGGGGCGUGUCUCGGGGUCGAGGUGAAACUCGCGAGCGACAACGUUCCGUUUGGGUCGGUGGUUUUGGGCGCCCGGUUAGUGAAACGGGUGCAGUUAGAGAACACAGGGGACGUCGGAACCCGGUUCGUUUGGGAAACCUCUCGACUGGGUCAGAACUUUAGCAUCGACCCGGUAGAAGGGUUUUUGGCGCCGGGUCAAGAUUGUAAAGUUGAGGUCGCGUUCCACCCGACGCGGCUGAGCGCCGACGCGCGCGCGGACGGCGUCGAGUGCCGCGUAGAAGGGUUUGGGGUUUUGCGGAUGGCGCUCACGGGGACGUGCGUCGCGGCGGCCGCGCAGGACGCGCCGGUGGCCUUCGUGUCGCCCGCGCGCAGCGCGCAGACGAAGAGGGUCAAAGUGACGAACAACUCGAGCGAGGAUUGGCACAUUCGACCGGCGAUUCAGAACGAGUACUGGACGGGCGGCGAGGUUUUGGAGGUUUUGGCCGGCCGCGACGCCGACUACGCGCUGACGUAUCGCCCCAUGACGAUGACGAAAGACGGGGGGCCGCUGCACGAAGGGUCGGUGUUCUUCCCCCGCCCGGACGGGACCGCGCUGUUGGUUAAGCUAACUGGGCAGGCUAACCCCCCCGCCGCGGCCGGGGAAUCGAGCUUCGAAGUGAAGGCGAAAACGGGGUUCAAGGCAGCGGUUAUGGUGUCAAACUGGCUGAACAAGUCGCAGCGAUUCAGGGCGGUCUUAGAGGUGGAAAAGGGCGACCGGUCGGUAACACUAACCGGGCCGGACCUGAUCGACGUGCCUGGGUUAGCGUCCCGAGAGUUCAAGCUCCGGUUCUAUUCCUACAAGGCUGGUAGCAUUUGCGCGAAAGCGACGUUUGUGAACGAGGACACGGGCGAAUUUUUGUAUCAUGAUCUGCGCUUCGAGGUCGCCCCCCCGGGCGUCGUGGAGCGGUUUACGCUAGAGUGCCCGGUUCGGCAGCAGGCAGUCCAACUGGUGCGGAUCCAGAACCCUCUAGAUGUUCCCGUGGUUAUCACCGGAAAGUGCGUGACGGGAGACGGGAAGCCGGUUCCGCAGGUGGCGGUUCCGGCGAGCACGGAACUCAAACCCAAAGCGGAAACGGCGAUCGAAGUGCUGUACAAGCCGCUCCUCGCAGAGAGCGCGACGUGUCAGCUCGUCAUGCAAUCGGAGCAGCUGGGGGCAUACGUAUACGAUCUGAACCUCAAGAGCUCCCCGGCUCUGCCCGAGAACCCCCUCUCGUUCAGCGCGCCGCUAGGCGGGCGCCAGACGCAACUUUUCCGGUUCCGCCACUACCUUCCGGCCAAGGCCACCUUCGCCUGCUCGCUGGAGAACGGAACGGCGACCGGGUUCGAGGUGACGUCAGCCACCGUCAGCGCGGCCGCGGCCGCGGGGCCCGACGGAAUGGAGGUCGAGGUGGAAGUCGCAUUCGAGCCGGUUAUGGUGGGCGACCAAAUACGUGACUGCCUGCUUGUGCGGUCGCCGGAAGCGGGCGACUACGUGUGCACAGUGACGGGGCGCGCGCUUCCGCCGGCGCCGCAGGGUCCGUUCACCGUCAAAGAGAAGGGCAGCGGAAUUCCGUUCAAAAACAUCUUCUCCAAGCCCGUCCCAUUCACGUACGUUGUCGACAAUCCGGCUUUUGUUGUGUCUAAGGGAGAGACGAUUCCGGCCAAGAAGGGGGUUUCGUUAUCGGUCACGUUCAAAGCGCAGCCGGAUACCGCGCGGAACGGAAAGUUGUUAGUGACGUGCGCAGAGACGUCAACGCCCUGGGUGUUCUAUUUGCAAGGCGCUUAGAUGGUCCAAAGGUCAACUCGACUUUCCGCGCUCCUGCGUUUCUGGCCAUAGAUGUAACUUAUGUUAGGACUGAGUACGUGCUCUAAUCUAGGAUAUAAACAGGCUUAAAAGCAUAGGAGCUUGUAUCGUAGCUUUAGAUAUUGACGGUAUCUUCACUUGAGAUACAGCUAGUCAGCGAUCCUAUUCAAACCUUUGGGCUUCAAUGCGGACGGUACGUGCGGCGACAGCUGGUGACUUAUUCUUUCAUCGGACAUGUGACUCGAAC